AAAACACAUGCAAAACAUACAGCAGCAGGGAUUCCCACGUGGUCAUCCACCGUAGUACUAAUCUGCCGUUCAACUGCUUAUGUAUGGCAGAGCGGACGGGAUGCCCAGUUUCCAGCUGACUGUGGCCGCAUGUGCUUAAGUUGUCGAUCUUUUAGUUAUUAUACACUGAUAAAUACUGCAACAUCACAAGCAAAAGAAUAUCGAAGCAAAGAGGCAACGCUUGUGUUUCAUUCCUAUCUUACCCACUCCCAAUUUCCGGCCUUCAGACAUCCAGAUGGCGUCGGCUCCUCGUCUCCGAAUUUUGCUCAAGGAGCCAGAGGUGCGUAA